AUGGCCGUUCACGAGCAUCUCGACCCCGACCGUCGCGAGAUCAGGCUGGUCCGCCUGCAACAGCCUUGUGCGCCUUCCAUCCUCUCCCUCGAGCUCCGGACGGUGUCUUUGGACGAGGAGGAAGCCUCAUACAGCGCACUUUCAUACGUCUGGGGCAACUCUUCUGAACCGCAGAAGAUCGAAAUCAACAGCCAGCCGUUUCAUGUCACGCAAAACCUGCACGAUGCUCUGCAACAGCUAGAGAGGAACGGCGUCAGCUCAUGGAUUUGGAUCGACGCCAUAUGUAUCGAACAGUCCGACCUUGAAGAGAAGACCCAUGAGGUCGGCAUGACGCGCGACAUCUUUAGCAAUGCAGCGAUGGUGUACGUCUGGCUAGGACCCGGCACCGAGGAGACGGACCAGGCAAUGGACCUCAUUUUCAAGUACGGCCCCCGACUUCAUGCCUCUGGUGCGCUUGAGAUGCCCUCCAAUAAUGGGGAGAUAAUUAGUCUGCGCAACGGUGUCAUGGGUCGGCUGGAUCCGGCGUGGCAAGCUAAGUACGGCGCCCUUGGAAUGGGCCCGGCGACAAAAUUAGCCGCCACCGCCGUGGACUUGUUCACGGAGUAUCACGAGAACGAUAAAGUUCUCAUUCCGGGUUUAUCUGACAUUCUGCAUCGAAGUUAUUGGUGCAGGAUCUGGAUCAUACAAGAAGUCGCACUCGCACGGGAGGCGGCGGUCAUGGUAGGCGGCAGGAGAGUCUCGCUAGAUGCGUUCGAGGCGGCAGUAGUGACCAUGUGGCACGGUGGGAACGUUGACGCCCUGAGACUCGAGUUAACAUUACAUCGUAUCAAAGCGCUCCAAGUCCGAAGACUUCGUCGAGGCCGCCGUGAGCCUCUGCUGAGACGCGUGUUAUGGGAGACAGGCGCCGCGCCGGGUCGACCCUUCUACGCUGCGUCUGACCCGCGCGAUCUCCUCAUUGGUCUUCUCGGGGUCCUAGACGAAGAGGAAAAGCACGGCAUGAAAUCAGACUACACGCAGUCGUUCGGGAAAACUUUUACGCAGGCGACAAGGGCCAUGUUGCAAAGCUCUGGUGGACCGUAUUUUAAUAUCGACUCCGUGAAGCCUGGGAAACUGGAAGCGGAGCUGCCUACGUGGGUUCCCGAUUUCCGCGAGAUCGGUCGUUCUGGCGUUAGGCCAUACCCAAUCAACUACGUGGCUGAGACCGGCUCCAAGACCGACCAGGAUUAA